AUGUCGUCAUAUAAUAGCCGUGUCCAUGAGGCCACUGGAUACUCCCCCUAUGAGGCUGUACAUGGUGGACCCAUGAAUUCACCUUUUGAAAUUGACAAACUGCCCAAAGGGAUUAGAUUCAAGGAUGUGAAAGGUUUGGCACGACGUUUAAAAGCUAUCUGGAAGAAAGUAAGAGGAAACAAUGCAAAAGCUAUGGUUCAGCAGCUAAAAAGGAAUAAUCAGAGAGCAAAAAUGCCUCAGUACAAGGUAGGAGGUUUUGUGAUGUUACGCAAUCCAGUAGUUAGAAAGGGAAUGGUGAAGAAAUUUUCUCCCCUGUAUGAAGGUCCAUACCCCAUCAUGCAGCUUACUUCACCGGUAAAUGCAGAAAUUCAGUUAGCAGACCGGACAGUGACCAUUCAUUUUGACAGGUUAAAGUUGUAUAAGGGUUGGGAGCCACACCCGCUUGCCAGUAAAGCAAAUCCUGCAACAUAA